UGAGGAUUUUUGGGACUUCUACUACAAGCGUUCUGCCGGUAGGAUGAAAGGCCUCGGGAAUGGACACGCGACAUUGAGGUCGCUGCUGUCCAACGCGAAGAAGUUUAAGGCAGGGUUUAGCCGGAGGACAGGGACGCAGAUGCCAGAGGAGUCCGCGUCGGAGAUAAACCAGGUAGAUGCUUUGUUCUUUUGCCGUUCCUUGCCGCCUGGAGCUUGAGCUCGAACUAAGCCGUCCGUCCUAGCGCAUCAGACGUAUGGCACGAGGGAGACGCAAUCACGAAGGGACCGUUUCGGCGGCAGAGUGGCCGAAGCACAAUUUCCAGAUGAAAGAUCUUGACAACGUGCUGAUUACCCUCUGGGCCGGGCUGGACAUCGCGUUCAUCCACGAGAGAGAGCGUGUCCAGUUCCACUUCCUCCUCGACGUCUUCUGCUGGAGCGGGGCCCGGAUUGGCGCCUUCUUCCGCGGAGGCCCGCUGUGAUGGUUUGCAAUGAAAGCGUCAAGUGUCAUUUUCGCAACAGGCUGGUGAACAGAGACGAUCUCAUCAUCGUCUGGACCACCAAUAACCUCAAUCUGUCUUAAAAUGCGGCCGCCAUCGCCCCUCGUAUUUGCGAGGCACGUCAAUACCUCAUUGGUGCUGAUUUCUUUGUUGAUCUUGUCUCGUUCCCGGAU